CACGAGCAGUUGUUGGGUCUCUCUAGCAGUCGCACACACGUCAUCCUGAAAGCAGGCAAGCAAGACGGUCUAAGACGAUUUUUUUUGUCGUUUUUGUCGAGGGAGAUUCCCCCCCCCCCUUUUCUCUUUUUUAGGCGUGGAGUUCAAAAAGAUAGGGAGCGCUUCAGCACCGCAACGCUCGUUGGAGGAAAGUUGAAAGCUCUGCGUUGCCUGUAGAAAGGUGAGUCGGGAAUUGCAUCUCCCCGACUUGCAAGUUGGAAAUGGACAACCUUCCUCGCAUUUCUUCCUAACUCGAUCAUUAAUGCCCUCUCUCGUGUGGCGUUGUGAAAUUUAUUGAGUGGUUUGUCUGACAAAUGAUGUGCGGUGGAACCAGUUUAUCCAGCUCCGCUGGGAGUUUCAAGGUGGUUUGACUUCAGGUGAAGCCCGACGGACGAGUGCUGCUUUCUGAAAGAAGAUUAACGGAGACAUCAUGGCUGGAGUGAGUAGUGCGCACAUCAAAACCCUGGAGGACCUGACUUUGGACUCGGGCUAUGGAGCCGGGGACUCAUGCAAAUCCCUCAGCCUGUCCUCCUCCAAAUCGAACUCCCAGGCCUUCAUGACGACCCCUCAUAGGGGCAACUGGUGGUACUAUUCGGGCUCCAUGAAUAGCAGAAACAACAGCUGGGACACGGUCAACACAGUCCUUCCUGAGGACCCGGAGGACAUAUUCUCCAAAUGUCCCCGCUUGCCUGAUCUGGAGGAGUUCCCUUGGACAGAAGACGAGGUGUCUCAGAUACUGCGCAAAGUGUCUGAGAGUGGCACUACGAAGGGUGGCCACGCACCUGUGUUCACCUCCGAGGCUGUACGGCGGUUGUCCGUCCUGCUCCGAAAGGCUCUCAUCCGCAUCUCGAGGGAGGCCCAGCGGCUGAGCGUCAUGCACUGCCGCUGCACACGCUUCGAGGUGCAGAGCGCCAUGAGACUGGUGCUCAGUUGGGCUCUGGCCGACUACUGCGUCUCGGCCACAGUCAAAGCCAUCUCCAUGUACAGCAUGAGCGCCGGCGAGAUGCUGAGAAAGGGCAAGUCGGCCCGCUGCGGCCUGUCCUUCUCCGUGGGUCGCUUCUUCCGCUGGAUGGUGGACACUCGCAUAUCUGUUCGUAUCCACGAGUAUGCCGCGAUAUGCCUGACCGCCUGCAUGGAAGCUCUGGUGGAAGAGAUUGCUGCCCGGGUGCUCAUGUCCGAACGGGGUCACCUUGGGCCAGAUUCGGGGUCACCGUGUGCCGCGGUGAGUGCCGAGACCUUGGAGGGGGUGGUGAACAAUGAAGCGGAGCUGUGGGGAGUUCUCCAGCACUAUGAGCACCUGAUCUGUGGGAAGAAUGCAAGCGGUGUUUUGUCACUGCCGGCCCAUUUCAGUCCCUACACAGAGAAUCAUCAAACCUCUGUUGACAGCAGGGAAGAUGCCUAUGCCCAACUGGAGCUCAGAACGCUGGAACAGUCACUGCUUGCUACCUGUGUGGGCAGCAUCUCGGAACUCAGUGACUUGGUAUCUCGUGCAAUGCACCACAUGCAGCGUCUGAGCUCAGUGCGUCCGGGGCUCAGUCCAGCUCGCCAUUCACGCCCACAGCAGUGUGUGUCCUGGUCGCCUGACGCCCUCCACACCAUCUACUACUUCCUGCGCUGCCCGCAAAUGGAGUCCAUGGAGAAUCCUAAUUUAGAUCCCCCGCGUAUGGCACUAAGCAAAGAGAGGCCCUUCCUAUUGCUGCCGCCUCUGAUGGAGUGGAUCAGAGUGGCCAUAGUUCAUGCUGAACAUCGUAGAAGUCUGCUGGUGGACUCUGAUGAUGUCAGACAGACUGCCAGGUUGCUUCUUCCUGGACUGGACUGUGAACCCAGACAACUUAAGCCCGAGUGCUGCUUCAGCUCCUUCAAGCGUUUGGAUUCAAAGGCAGCCACAGACAAGUUCCACCUCGACCUGGGCUUCCGGAUGCUCAACUGCGGUCGCACGGAUCUUAUCGGUCAAGCCAUUGAGCUGCUGGGGCCUGAUGGAGUCAACAGCAUGGAUGACCAGGGAAUGACCCCUCUGAUGUAUGCCUGUGCCGCCGGAGAUGAGGCCCUUGUUCAGAUGCUGAUUGAUGCUGGCGCCAACCUUGAUGUGGCGGUUCCGCCGUGCUCCCCAAAGCACCCAUCUGUGCAUCCUGACAGCCGUCAUUGGGCAGCGCUCACCUUUGCCGUGCUGCACGGGCACAUCUCGGUCGUGCAGCUACUGCUGGAUGCUGGUGCAAGUGUGGAGGGAGCAGCAGUUCGUAAUGGACAGGAGAACACGGCGGACACACCACUGCAGCUGGCUUCAGCAGCAGGCAACUAUGAGAUGGUGACCUUGCUGCUGGCGCGAGGUGCUGACCCAUUGUCAAAGGCCCAUGAUGGAAACGCUCUGACGUCUUCCCUCCACGAAAACAUGAACUGCUUCAGUCACGCUGCAGCGCAUGGCCACAGGAACGUGCUGAGAAAGCUCUUGACUCAGCCUCAGAAGGUUCAAGAGGACGUCCUGUCUCUGGAGGAGAUACUGGCUGAGGGAGUGGAGGGGGAAGAAGCGGUAAUCUGCCCUUUCCUCCCUCUUUCCACCCUCCCCAACUCCUCCUCUGGCCCCGGGGCAGUACCGGAGGGAGGCUUAGCCAGACUUUGCAAGGCUCGGAUGAAGGCGUUGCAGGAGGCCAGCUACUACAGCGCCGAACAUGGAUACCUAGAUGUCACUAUGGAGCUGCGAGCACUGGGCGUUCAGUGGAAGCUUCAUGUGUGGCUCGAGUCCCUGCGGUGCGCCCAGCAGCAGUCCAGGGUGGGUGUCACGUUGUCCCUCCUCAGGGAGUUCACUUCCAUCAGAGAGGAAGAUUACUGUGAGGAGCUGCUCACUGUGGGCCUGCCCCUCAUGUUCAACAUCCUGCGCAUGACCAAGAGUGAUGCCAUCAUCCAGCAGUUGUCACAUAUUUUUAGCCACUGUUUUGGCCCAGCUCCUCUUCCAGCUAUCCCCGAGAUGAAGGCAACUCUUUCUGCACAGUUGGAUCCUCACUUCCUGAAUAACCGGGAGAUGUCAGAUGUAACUUUCUUGGUGGAAGGCAAACCCUUCUACGGCCACAGAGUCCUGCUCAUCACAGCCUCUGACAAAUUCAAAUCUCUGCUGGCGUCCUCUGGUUCCGAUGCCAACAAGAAGAUUGAGAUCAGUGAUGUCAGAUAUAAUGUUUUCCAGAUGAUGAUGUCAUACCUGUACUGUGGAGGAACAGAGUCACUUAAAACAAAGAUGCCUGAUUUGUUGGAGCUGUUGUCAACCGCUUGUGCAUUCCAGCUGGGGGCGCUGCAAAGACAUUGCGAGCGCAUCUGUUCUCAGCACAUCAACCUGGAUAACGCAGUUAAUAUCUACAAGACUGCCAAGGCUCACGGCUCAGUGGAGCUGAGCUUGUUCUGCGAAGGCUACUUCCUGCAGCAGAUGCCUGCGCUGAUGGAGCGAGAGACUUUCAGAUGUCUUCUUCUGGGAUGCCGGCAAGGCAGCGAAUCACCCCUGGAGGAGCUCGAGGGCACUCUGGCCCGUCGGUUACGCUCGCUACAUGUCACGUCCAGGGUGUGAUGGCACCAGGACAACAUGCAACAUAGACAUUGUUUACCCUUGGCAACACACGUGUGACACAGAAUAUCUGCAGUGACUGAUUAAGUAUGCUAAGCACACCACCUGGGUGUAUUUGUGGUGUACAGAAUGUUUGUAAAAGGGCUCAGGAAGCUUCUGGUCAAAAAGAAACUGACGGGAGAAACGCAAGUGGAAUUGUUAGCCACUGCUGCCCUCUAGUGUGGAAAACAGUGAAAAAAAACAACUGCCUUGGAGCCAGUGGCUCUCCCACUGAAGCACUCGAGGCCAUGCUGGAUUUGUGGCCUUGCUCAUUUUAACUACCCAAUCAUGCUAAAUGUAUUAAGGUUAGUAACAUGCGCUUUUGUUUUCAGUCCCCAUACUAAAUCACCACAUAAGCCACACUUUCUGGUUUCUAUUUAAUGAUAAAAAACUUUGAGAGUAUUUAACAGGGUCUUUCCUUUUAUUCCUUUUUUUUUAAUGAAAAUUAUGCUUGUAUAUUGUUUUUACUGUUUGAGGUACACUCUUAACAGUCACUUGAGCUAAUGCUGAGGCUGAAUACUUUGUAGCAACAGAAUCAUAAUACGAGAUUUGAAAAAUGUUGUUUGACUAUAUUAAUAAAUAUACAUUGGUCUACACU